GGGGGAGUGGAAGUGGGCGGGUCCGCUGCAGCGGGCGUAAUUAGCCCGCAAUCGAUGAUUAGAUAAGCAGCUAAUACUAGAGCCGGCGUCUAUGCAUUCCCGGAUUAGUAGAACAGCCGGAGCCAGUUCAUAUUACGAAAUGCUGCUGAUCGCAAUAGUCGUGUUUCUGCUGACGGCCGCCUUUCGCUUUCAUCGGAGCCAGGGGGCGCGUCGUGCGGCGGUCGCCAAUCUGCCCGGUCCCUACUGCCCGCCCGUCAUCGGAGCUGUGCAUCGCAUGAUCAAACUGAAUCCCAAGAGUUUUAUAAGGGAGUCGCGCAAGCAAGUGGAGAAACAUGGAAAUUUGCAGCGCGUCUGGAUCCUUAAUCGCCUGCUCAUCACCAGCAGCGAUACGGAGUUCAAUGAGCAGCUGCUCUCCAGCCAGGAGCACCUGGUCAAGCAUCAGCUGUACCAGCUGCUGGGCCAGUGGCUGGGCAAUGGACUCCUGCUCAGCCAUGGCAGAGUGUGGCAUCAGCGGCGCAAGAUAAUCACGCCCACCUUUCACUUUUCGAUACUGGAGCAGUUCGUCGAGGUCUUUGACCAGCAGUCGAGCAUCUGCAUCCAACGUCUGCAGCAGCGAGCCGAUGGCCAAACGUGCUUCGAUGUCUAUCCCUUCAUCUGCCUGGCCGCCUUGGACAUCAUUGCGGAGACAGCGAUGGGCACCAAGGUGAAUGCCCAACUGGCAGAGAGCACGCCCUAUGCCAAUGCUGUGAACGAAUGCACUGCGCUGAUGGCCUGGCGCUUCAUGUCCAUCUAUCUGCAGAACGAGCUGCUCUUCACGCUGACACAUCCACAUCUGAAGUGGCGUCAAACGCAGCUCAUACGCACCAUGCACGAAUUUACCAUCGGGGUAAUCGAGCAGCGUCGCCAGGCUCUGGAGCAGGCGCAGCAGCUGGGCGGCGGAUCGCAGAGGAGCGAGGAUGCGGUGGGCAGCAAGCGGCGUAUGGCGCUGCUGGAUGUGCUGCUGCAGGCCAGCGUGAAUGGACGUCCGUUGAGGAACGAGGAGAUACGCGAGGAGGUGGACACGUUCAUGUUCGAGGGCCACGAUACCACGACCAGCGCCAUAUCCUUUUGCCUGUGGUGCAUCUCGCGGCAUGCCGACGUUCAGGCCAAGCUGCUGGCCGAGAUUUUGCAGGUGCUGGGCACGGAUCGCAGCCGGGCGAUCAAUAUGCGUGAUCUGGGCGAGCUGAAGUACAUGGAGUGCGUCAUGAAGGAGUCGCUGCGUCAAUUUCCCCCAGUGCCGCUGGUGGGACGCACGCUCCAAACGGACUUUAAGUACACACACUCGAAGGUGGGCGAUGGUGUCAUACCCGCUGGCUCAGAGGUGAUCAUGGGCAUCAUUGGCAUGCACAAUGAUCCUGCCUAUUUCCCGGAACCGUUGCGCUUCAAGCCGGAGCGCCACGAGAGCGGCGAACGUGCCGCGACCUUUGCCUUUGUGCCCUUCAGCGCCGGACCACGCAACUGCAUUGGCCAGAAGUUUGCCCAGCUGGAGAUGAAGAUGCUGCUGGCCAAGAUUGUGCGCGAGUUCGAACUGCUGCCCCUGGGUGAACCAGUGCAGCCGGUGGUCAACAUUGUCCUGCGCUCCGACAACGGCUUCCAGCUGGGCAUGCGCCGGCGCAACGUUGCCAGCGACAGCAAGCAAUAAAAGUCUUAUUUUUAUUUAUAUAAAUGUUAUUAAUAUCAGUUAGUUAUAAGCAAGGUUUUCAAUCGAACCAGUUUGA